AUGGCACAACAGCCUGACCCAGGAGCUGUUAAAUAUAUCUGUGAGGACACGUGUCAGCUGCUCUGCCCAAUCUUUGAGCAUGCAGCCUGGUAUCUGGUCUGGGCUUGCGGCUUUUCUUGCAUUGAUUAUCCUCAAUGUCCGGAGGACAUCAUCCGGGUCCAGACACAGCACCUGCUCAUCAGGAUGAGGGUGGCCUUCACUGGCAUCAGUGAAGUGCUUUCCAAUGUGGUGGAGGAUGUUGGCGAAGCUGUCAACAGAAACAUCAGCGGUGCUCAGCUUCUGCAUGAGCUGCUGAGCGCACCGUGGCUACGCUCCCUGCUAAAGAUUUAUGAGUGUCUGAUUGAGUUCCAGAGGCAGACACCAAGCCCCUUUCUGCCUUAUGCUUCAGGACUCUCAUAUGAGAUCAUGACUAUAAUACAGAGGGCUCAUUGUCCUUCAGCUGAAGCUAGAGAGCUCUACAACCUCCUCAGUUUGCCGCAUGUCCAGGCCCUGCUUUCAUCCCAUGACAGUGUGGCACAGUCGGACUACCUACCCGUCUUACCACCCCUCCCUGAUGAGUUACCUGAGGACGAGGAGGCUAUGAGAAUAGUUUGUCUUGUGAAGAACAACCAGCCGUUGGGGGCAACUAUAAGGAAGGAUGAAGGGACGGGAGAUAUCUACAUCGCUCGAGUGAUUCAUGGUGGACUUGCUGACCGAAGCGGUCUUCUCCAUCCUGGUGAUCUGUUAGUGGAGGUGAACGGAAACCCAGUAGUGGGCCUGGAGCCAGAAAAGGUCAUCCAAAUACUGAGCAGCUCCACAGGUACGAUUCUGUUUAAAGUCAUUCCACAUCCUACUCAGGUCAGCAGCAACCAGAAACCGGUGUAUAUGAGAGCGAUGGUGGACUACUGCCCCCAGCAGGACCCCGCCAUCCCAUGUCCAGAUGCAGGAAUGGCAUUCAGCAGAGGCGACCUGCUGGAGGUGGUCAACCAAUCGGACGGCCAGUGGUGGCAGGCCAGGAAGCUCCCCUGUGGAGCGUCCUUUGCUCGGCUGAUUCCUUCAGCCAGUAUGCUGAGGAGCAAACAGAGGGCGCACUGGUGGUGUCAGCCGUUACAGGUUCAUACCUGCAUCAGACCCUUGCCCCAGGCUGAUAAUGAUAAAGAAAUAAACUUUGAUGAGGCCAAUGCUGAUAUUACUGAUGGAAUCUACCUGGCUGGUUUCCGCCGGAGUUUCCGUCUCUGGAGGAGGACGUCCUACCGGAGGAGACGACAGUCCUGCACUUCCUGUUCGCCCAGCACCAACGCUCUUGCCACCCCUUAUGAGGAGGUGGCUUUGUACCAGCGCCCCCCGCAGGAGAACCACCGCCUCAUUAUCCUUGCCGGUGCGUCUGGUGUUGGAGUAAAUGAGCUCAGGAAGAGACUCAUCAAACUGAACCCAUCAACCUUCCAGGGGCCAGUCCCUCACACAACACGUCCAAUACAAGAAGGGGAGCUGACAGGUAGAGAGUACCACUUUGUUACCAAAGAGCUGUUUGAGUACAUGGCCUGCAACCAGAGGUUUGUGGAGUAUGGGGAGAGUAAGGGCCAUCUGUAUGGAACCAGCUUUGAUGCCAUUAAUGAGAUUCUAAAACGAGGACGGAUGUGCAUCGUCGAUGUUGAACCACAUAGCAUCCUGCUGUUACGCUCGAGGAAUCUGAAACCCUUUGUGAUUUUCAUCAAACCCCCAAACCCAGAAAGACUGAGACAAACUCGAAGAAAUGCCACAAUUAUCAGCAAUCAAGCCAUCAACAGGGCAUUUACGGAGGAAGACUUUUUGGAACUGGAGGAGGUUUCCAAGUUGAUGGAGGCUAAAUACAAACAGUUUUUUGACCACGUUCUGGUGAAUGAUGACCUUCAGGAUGCUUGCAUCCAGCUCUGCUCCAUCAUCCAACAGGCACAAAACGAGCCUCAGUGGAUACCUGUCAGCUGGCUUCUAACAGAAGAGUAGCACUGGAUUGGAGGAAAGGAGGGGAUAUCGAGUAAUAGAAAGAUUCAGGAUGAGUCAAGACUUUUUCACUUACAGUAAAUAAUUAACUAUAAAAUACACUUAUUGAGAUGACCAUCUAAACAUUUUUAUUUCUUUGUUGGGUGACAUUCUGUUAAACAUAAAUUACAUUUUGCAAAAAACUUCCAUUUGUAUUUCAAAAAUAAGAAAAAGGACAGGACGUGGAAGUCUUUGUUGUCACAUUACCUCCAAUUAAAAAGCUGUAAGUCAGCUGCCAUUUAAGCCACUUAAAAUAUAUAACUGCAUAUGGAAUGUGAUAACAGCCUGGUUGGUAGCUUCAAACUAUCAAUCUCCUCACCACAUAAACAGCCUGGUGAACAGCCCUUCAGCACUAUUUAGCCCUAACGGCUAAACAGUAUGAUGAUACUACCAAAGAACAAUUCCCAAAGAAAUGUUGAUUGUGUUUUUGAGUCGUCAGCUUUAACUUGGCAGCUUUAGAUACUUUUUUCUUUCUUAUAUUCAUACUUUGCCUGCCCAGUAUAGGAUGUGCUGGUUCCGCAAAGAUUUAUGAUUUUAACCAUUAUACACCACAAGUAGCUUGUUUUAAAGUGAAUUAAAAGUGAGUGUCUUCUAAUCGGAUUUUGUCCACGAUGUGUUGUAGUUUCAGAGCCUCCAUUUGAGAUGUGAUGGAUGGUAAUGUUGUUUAAAGAUGUUAGCUGUGCUGACUAGGGUUGUAAGUUUAGCAAGUACACGCAGGUGUUGUGUUCCUAUUGAUGCCAAGCUGGAGUCCAUUAAAGCCUGUAUUUACUCCAGGGUCAUUUGAUGCAAUAAACAAAAAAUAAUAGCACUGAAUUGAAACACCCUUUAUUGACCACUUAGCUUACUCUUUAGCCAUAUCAGUAAGUGGCCUAUAGUUAUCUGUUGUUUCACCACAGAACUGAUCAGUUAUCUUCUGACUAUUAUUCAAACAGGCUUAUGAAAUAUGACUUAACCAGCUACUUCUUGUAAAGGUUCAUCAUUAGAACAUUCUACAUUUUGCAUCUCUGGAUUGGUAAACUGGCAUCUUUAUUUUCCAAAGCAGAUUAUUAAAGUUUGACAUCCAUUAAGGUUCAAAAAGAAGGAUGGUUGUUAAUGUCUGUCUCAGACCCAAAUUGGGAAUGUAUAUUCUACAGAAUUGUUUGUCUUGUGGCUUAGA